AUGAAUGCUUUUGGCUCCAGUAGUAUCCUGUUUUAUGACACAGAUGAUGGGACCUCUGACAAGUCUUACAGCCAUGCCCAAGUGGCAGGUAUUGACUUAUACCCUCGAAAACUGACUGCAGCACUGGGCAAAAAGAUCUCCAAGAGAUCAAAAAUCAAGUUCUUCGUGGCAGUUUAUAACUACAACCACCUCAAGUCUAUAAGAUACUCUGUGGACAUCCCUUUGGACAAAACAGUUGUCAGAAGGGAUGUGGUACUAAACAUAAGGCUAGGAGAGAGGCCAAAGCCAAGUUUAAGGACUGGUAUUAAACAGGCAAAAACAAGUGGUUCUUCCAGAAGCUACAGUUUUAGAACUACUCCUAUGCUCAGUAAGUAA